AUUUCGCAUCACACAAAUUUAGUGUUAUAUGUAAGCGUCAUUUAUGAGGUUGGUAUAGUUAUGUGUUCACAAUGACAAAUGAAGGAAACGUUAUUAGAUAAAACUAAAUCAAAUAGUGUUUUCCUCAAAGACUAACUUAUUUUAAUAUACUGAGCCCUGGAAUGGUUCGUACCCGAGCAGGUUUCAUAUAUGGCAUGCAUAUGCGAACCAAUUUUAGUUCACAACGGGAACUUGUUUUUCAUGAGUACCAGGUUAUUAUUUGGGAGAACAAGGAAGGCCAAUCUGAUGGAUUGCCCAAUCUAAUCUACGUAUCAAGAGAGAAGAGAUCACAGCACCAUCAUCACCACAAAGCUGGUGCGAUGAAUGUUUUGACCAGAGUGUCAGGAUUGAUGAGCAACGCUCCCUUCAUGCUGAAUUUAGACUGUGACAUGAUGGUGAACAAUCCAAAGAUUGUUCAGCACGCCAUGUGUAUUCUUCUGGAUCCAAAGGCCCAUAAAGAAGUUGCCUUUGUUCAAUGUUUUCAGCAGUUCCACGACGGCUUAAAAGAUGAUCCCUUCGGAAACCAGUUCGUGGCUGUUUUUAUGUACAUUGUAGUUGGUAUAGCAGGGCUUCAAGGACCCUUUUACUGUGGAACCAAUUGCUUCCAUAGAAGAAAAGUUAUUUACGUCCGUCACCCUGAUGACAUCCAACUUGAAAAUCAAGAAAAAUUGUCAGACAAGGAACUGGAACAGAAAUUCGGAAGUUCGAAGGAAUUUGUUAAAUUAGCAGCCCAAGCUUGGGAAGGCAGCACGUAUUCUGGUAGUAGUAAUGUUAUUACCCCUUCCACGUCUCUGGAGGCUGCAAUCCAAGUUUCAAGUUGUGAAUAUGAAUAUGGCACUGCUUGGGGUAAACAGGUGGGGUGGUUAUAUGGGUCAUCAGCAGAGGAUCAACAAACCGGAUUGAGCAUCCAUAGAAGGGGUUGGAGGUCAGAGUGCUGCACACCUGAGGCUAUUCCUUUCACAGGUUGUGCCCCUAGAGAUUCCAUUUCUUCCAUGGUCCAACAAAAGAGAUGGGCUUCAGGCCUGCUUAGAGUCUUGCUGGGCCCCCAAAGUCCCUAUUUGGGUCUCCUCUUUGGUAAGCUCCGGUUCAGGCAGUGCUCGGCCUAUUUAUGGAUCCUCAACAUGGGCCUCCACGCUUUCCCUGAAAUAUGCUAUGCUGCUCUGCCUGCGUAUUGCCUCAUAACCAACUCCACUUUCUUACCCAAGGAACCGUGGCUUUGGGUUUCUGUUUCAGUUUUUGUGAUAUACAGUAUAUAUAGUCUAAUAGAAUACUUGGCAAUCGGGUUAUCAGUCCGAACGUGGUGGAAUAGUCACAGAAUGAGAAGAAUAAUGGCCAUGAAUGCUUGGUUUUUGGGUUCUCUAAGUGCCAUAAUUGAGAUGUUGGGGGGUUCUAACACGGUGUUUGAUGUCACACAGAAAGAGUCACCAACUUCUGGUUCUGAUGAUAGUGAUACAGACGCAGGAAGGUUCAGCUUUGACGAGUCUGCAGUGUUCGUGCCAGGAACCACCAUGUUACUGGUUCAGCUCACUGCUUUGGUGACAAAAUUACUGAGGUCGGAUCCUCCACCAGAGAAGAGGGGGAAUGGGAGUGGGGUUGGGGAGGUAUUGUGCAGUGUGUACUUGGUGGUUUGCUUGUGGCCCUUCUUGAAAGGGCUGUUUGAUAGAGCACACUAUGGGAUUCCCAUGUCGACAAUUUACAAGUCAGCAGUUCUGGCUUUUCUCUUUGUGCAUUGUUCCAGAAUUAGCAUGGUGACCACCAAUUAA